UGCAAGCGGCUUUGGGAGUCAAUACUGUGAAGUGCUUCAGCAUGGCAUGACUUAAUUUUUGUUGAACCGUUCAAAAAAAAAACGCUCAAAGCCACGACUCGAACGCCAGCAACAGGGAAGGGGCACAUGCCAGCACGUAAUUCCGAGAGAAUAACCUCUCAAAUUGUUGGGUGGCACUCGGUGAAGGAGACAUGUUUCAACAGAUAUUAUCCGCCAGACUUCGAUCCGCAAAAGCAUGGGACCCUAAACGAAUAUCAUGGGAAGCACGCGCUUGGUGACAGGGCUCGAAAAAUUGACAAGGGGGUCCUAAUUGUUCGUUUCGAGCUCCCAUUCAACAUAUGGUGCGGGACUUGCAAUAAUCAUAUUGGUAUGGGCGUUCGAUACAAUGCAGAAAAGAAGAAAGUAGGGAAUUAUUAUUCUACACCGAUCUGGUCUUUUCGGUGCAAAUGUCAUCUGUGCGGAAACACUGCAUACGUUGUGGUGUCAGGUGCGCGAAAACAGGAGCAGGACUGGGACCCAGCUGAAGCUGGAGGCUUUGCUGUGCAUGACACCGCUGGUCCCUCCCAACCGUCCGAUGCCUUCGCUGCGGUGGAGAAGACGGUUGCGGCGGAAACCACUCUCAUCGAAGUCACUCGACCUCGCCUCAGUACCCUCCAAGAGCUUUCUGAGCGUCGUAAUGCGAAUCCUUACGCGCUCUCAUCUUCCUUGCGUAAGACCUUCCGUAAAAUCAAAAAGGCAGAGAAACGCGCAGAGGAUGAAGAGAAAGCAGUUCGAGAUAAGUUUGCGCUGCCCGAAGAGCUUCACCUCGUCAAGGAGGACGACGUUAGAGAGGAGGCAAAAGAGGAAUGGGUCAGAAGUAGAAGGGAAUGGGAGAUGGAAGAGGAAGUUCGGCAGAAAAAGUUUGAUUCCAACUAUGGUCACUUGGGCAUCAAUGGUGUACCGCCCAAAGUCACAUCCAAGCUUGCAUCAUCAUUGCUGCGAAAUUCUCUCAAGAAGCAGGGUGCCCUCCUGCCUUCUAUUUCCACAAGUCGUAGUCUUAUCGGCAGAAAACUCGUGGCCAAAGACAUUGGCGUUGUGAAGAAGCGGUGA